AUGGUCGAAGAUUCUAAAGUCAGGGAUGCGCUAAAAAGCGGUGAAAAAAAAUCGCUACCAGCAUCGCUGGUUCCUCAGGCUCCUGCAGUGCUCACAUCAAAAGACAAAAUUACCCAGAGGAUGAUAGUUGUGCUUUCAAUGGCAUCUCUGGAGACCCACAAGAUCUCCUCGUCUGGUCCAGGGGGCGACAAAUACGUGCUUUUGAACUGUGACGAUCACCAGGGUCUGCUGAAAAAAAUGGGCAGGGACAUCAGUGAAGCCAGACCAGAUAUCACACAUCAGUGUCUUCUGACACUUUUGGAUUCGCCUAUUAACAAGGCAGGUAAGCUACAAGUGUACAUCCAGACCAGUCGUGGCGUUUUAAUCGAGGUGAACCCCACGGUACGGAUCCCUAGAACUUUCAAAAGAUUCUCGGGUCUGAUGGUGCAGCUAUUGCACAAACUGUCGAUCAGAUCUGUGAACUCUGAAGAGAAACUGCUCAAAGUCAUCAAAAACCCUAUAACAGACCAUCUACCCACGAAAUGUCGCAAGGUGACACUGUCAUUCGACGCGCCCGUGGUGCGUGCUCAGGAUCACAUCGAAAAGCUGGCCGAUGACGAAAGUAUAUGUAUUUUUGUCGGAGCCAUGGCAAGAGGUAAGGAUAAUUUUGCGGACGAAUUCGUCGACGAGAAGAUCGGUUUAUCCAAUUACCCACUUUCUGCGUCGGUGGCUUGUUCCAAGUUUUGUCACGGCGCUGAGGACGCCUGGGGUAUCAUAUAG